AUGAAAUUCCCAUCCUUCACUCUCCUAAACGGCACCGCGAAUUUCACCUUCUUCCAAUACGUCGGCGUUCGGAACCCCAAUCGGUACGGCUUCUCCCACUACGACAGCUCUCUGCAGCUCUUCUCCGCCACCGCCGGACCCCUUGGUUUCUUAUACAUCCCAGCAGGAAACAUCGCUGCUGGUAGAACUCAGUUCAUGUCUGCUACCUUUGAUGUCAAGUCUUUCCGACUACCAGCCGAUGUGGGUUCUGGGACCGGAACCGGGACAGUUCCCGGUCCAGGGCCGACAACGGAGCUAGAGACAAGGAUGAAGUUAGUGGGAAGUGUUAAAGUAUUAAAGGUGUUUUCACAUCAUGUGGAAAAAGAAGCUCAAUGUAGGGUUACCAUUCAGGAUGAUUCAGUUUUUGUUAGGGUAUCUGCAAAUUAUGCUGUUUCUGUUUCUGUUUCUGUUUCUGAUUUGGGGAACUAA